UUAUGCUUUGCUAUGGGGUACAGACAGAAUGAACUUGAGCUUCCAGAGAAAAGCUUGUGUGAUUGGUUUCCCUCAGGCAUGAAUAAUUCCUGCCCUGUGAAGAAGAAGGUUUCCUCCCUAUAGCCUAAAGAGCUGCUCUUGCAGUUCCUGGCUUCUUUUCCUCCUGUACAGAAGACUUCUGGUUCAGGAUGGACAAACAUUUCUUGAUAGUCUCCUUCCUUUUCUGCUUCAUUGUAGCAGUGACACCUCUGAAGUGCGUAACGUGCCACCUUCGCACACGGACAGAUCGCUGUAGAAGAGGCUUUGGUUCCUGUAUUGCUCAGACGUUUGAGUCGUGCAUGUCUUUAAAGAUCUUCCAGGAUAACAUUCUGCAGUUAUCAUACAUGGUGUGCCAGAAAUUCUGCAGAGACUUGACAUUUGAUUUCCACAAUCGGACUUACGUUCAUAAAUGUUGCAGAUACAAUUAUUGUAACAUCGAAAUCUAAGAUAUUUGCCCUCCCGAGGCCUCACUCUGAAGUGUUGAUGUUUCUCACCCUUCAUACCCUGCCUGCCCUUGCUUUUUUGCCUUGUCUGUCUUGUAAGCACCCCAGCUGUCUCUUGAAUUCAGUGUCACCCUUCCUGGCACCUCCAGCUCUGUUUCUAUCUCAGUCAGAGGAUAAUGAUUCUGAACAACAGACCUCUCCCAUGACAGGCAUUGGCAUUUCUAUACUCAAGAAUCCUGUCCCAAGAGGCUCUGUACAGCGAAAUUUAAAACAAGGCUGUUCCCAAACCCUAUGAUCAGCUAAGAUAGUUGAGGUGGACUAGAAGCACUUCAGCUGAACAUUCACAAAUACUUUUGUCUUAAACUCCCAUUUUUAUCAUUACUGUAAUUAAGCAGAAAUAGCAGCAAAAUGGAUGGUGGACACUUGAGAUUUUCCUCUACAGACACAAUCUUAUUUUCCAAGUGGACAGUGUUCACUUCAAACUCAGUCAUGAUUUUCUUGGCACCUGCAAAGUACACCCGUAUACAACGUUAGUAUGAAGGAGAAAAUAAGGAAAUUCCUGCCACUGUGAUAUUCAUAGCUCACACAUGGCCACUUGUAGGUCUGUUAAUAUGUAGUCCAGAUACAUCACAACUGUCCUUUAUUCUCUUUCCUCUCCUAAUCUUUCUCUGCUGCUUACCUCUAUGUUACAAUAUGCAAAAGGAACCAAUUCAAACUGGAUUAUAAAUUGAAUAGGAAACGUACCCAAUAAAACUAGAAGAAAGCAUA